AUCAUUAUGACCAAGUACAACUUGAGGAUCAUAACCAAUUAAGUUUCAUAUCGAAGUUCUCUCUUUCCAAGGAACAUUUAUAAAUUUUCUUGGCGCAUUUUGCUAGCUUACACAAAUGGGGUUUCUAGAUAAUCUUCAAGAAUGGUUCACUGCUUGUACCAAACCAAAGGAGAAACUUGUGCCCAAGAAGACAGUUAAUGUCAGGGUGAAAAUGGAUUGUGAAGGUUGUGAAAGAAAGGUUAAAAAUGCAGUGAAGGACUUGGAAGGAGUGGAAUCAUAUGAUGUGAACCGAAAGCUACAGAGGGUAAGUGUGACUGGUUAUGUGGAUUCAGAGGAGGUUCUGGAAGAAGUGAGGAACACAGGAAAGACCGCUGACCUUUGGCCAUUUGUUCCCUACGAUUUGGUGGCAUUUCCUUAUGUGAAAGGGGCAUAUGACAUCAAGGCACCUUCUGGUUUCGUCAGAAAUGUCCCAGAUGCAAUGGGUGACCCUAAGUCUCCAGAGAUGAAGCUUAUGAGGGCCUUUGAUGAUGAUAACCCACAUGCAUGUUCAAUCAUGUAAAGCAACUGUUGGUGAUGCUGUAAUGCUUUUCUUGGAAAAUGAUUCUGAAUUCCUCUUGAGUGUUUACAUGUUGUGAGAUAUAUAUUAGAUGAGACAAGAGAUAAGUGAUUACUACAGUGGAUGAUAAAAGAAAAAAAAAACAUAAAUAUGAGGUAUUGAUAAAGUGUUGUAAUUUGUGAGUGUUCAAGAAUCCAUAGCUUUGUUUUUUUUUUUUU